AUGACAGCAGCCCUCCGCGAGCUCACCCUUACACCGGCACUCGUCCACCUUCUUGGGUUUGUUCCUGAGGCGCGAGAGCAGCAGCAGAGAAUAGCCAUCCUCGAGGACGGUGUAGCGUGGAUUCCGCUGCGUGUAGCACAGCAUGUGGCUUCGGACUUGUACAGGCUCACCGUGACGCGGGACAUCCGCGGCUCUCGUCCAGGAGAUAUGACGCGCGAGAGUGUCGGAAAGCUGGCAGACAAUCCAGUAAGGGGAUACCGCGGCCUGCCCAUCCUCGAGGGGCCUAUGCACGUCGGGCUGGGGCAUGUCGGGCUGUUGCUCGGCGGGCCCUUGUACGCCGCGCCGGGUGCCUGGCAGGCGAUCCUACUCAUUGUACCGCGCUUGGGCACGUCGUAUUGGACGGUCGCACGGCGUGGGAGAGGCGAGACGACUCGGACGUAUGGGCUUGGUCUGGGCGCUGGGGCUGUCAGCGCUGAGGUAGUAGAUGGCGAAAUUGUGCGCAGUGAAGUCGGGGUGGACGUCGCGGAAUCCGCAGGCCUGCGUCGUGCACCCGGCUGCCCGGCCACUCCUUCGCGAGACUCAGCGACGCUCUUGGCGCGACACUGGCUCAGUGCAGUCUCGUACAGCGUGAUCCUAGGCUGUGCAGUGACCCGAAGCACACGCCAUCCCUUGUGGACAGACCCGCCUGUGUAUACUGGAGCGGCGGUGCUUAGCACUUCUCGCAAUUUGACUCCUCCACGUCACCGUCGACUCAACUUCAACACCGCGCGGUCAUGUCAAAACACACGCAAAAUGCGACGGAGAGGCGAGGGCGACACGGAUCUGGGGAGGCGGGCCGCGGAAGGGAUGGUAGAACGGAUAGUACAGUUAACCCGCCCGCUUCCUCGCCCGUUCGCCCGUCCGCCCGCUCGACUGACAAACUCAUGCAUGCACGAGCAUGACUCGGACAGUGGCACACACGUCGUACUCCCCAUCGAUCCAGAUACUUUUAACCACAUUGAGGGUAGAGAAUGGCUGUGGGUCACCAAACACAUGCCGCAGUCUCUGACCGGCUACUUACCGAGGAGACUGACCGAUGUCCAGUCUGGUCAGCGAGCUCGAGAGGGCGCGCAUAGUCAUUCCCGACCGCUGUUGACACCGCCACCGUCGGCCCGUGCAAGUGGGAUAGCAGACAAGGCAAACAGGAUGACAGAGGAAGUGACAGACGGUGCCAGAGAAUGGCAGACGGGGCAGACGAGACGGCAGACGGGUAGAGAGAGGGUACACGGGGCGGGUGAUACGGGCGAGUCGGUAGAUCACACGGGCGAGGCGGAAGACAACGUGGGCGAGACAGCAGAUAGUGCAAGAUAG